AAUGACAAUUCAUUUUAGAUGAUGUGAUUGUGAUUUCGAACUUUUGCUAAUUUUGUUAUUGUCUAAUAUUUAGAAAAGGGAAUAUCACGUAAGUAUUUAAAAUGGCUACGACUCUUGAAGACAAGUCUAUCUGGGAAGAUGGAGAAGAAGCCUUAAGUGAAGAAGUUCUUCGAAUGCCAACAGACGAGAUUAUCAGUCGUAGCCGAUUGUUAGACAACGAAAUUAAAAUCAUGAAAAGUGAAGUAAUGAGAAUCUCUCACGAAUUACAAGCUCAGAACGACAAAAUUAAAGAGAACACAGAAAAAAUUAAAGUCAAUAAAACUCUGCCGUACCUUGUCUCAAACGUGAUAGAACUCCUCGAUGUAGACCCACAGGAGGAGGAGGAAGACGGUGCUGUGGUAGACUUGGACUCUCAGAGGAAAGGAAAGUGUGCCGUCAUCAAAACCUCAACUCGUCAGACCUACUUCUUACCGGUUAUAGGAUUGGUUGAUGCAGAAAAGUUAAAACCAGGUGAUUUAGUCGGAGUUAAUAAGGAUUCUUAUCUGAUUCUUGAAACUUUGCCUGCUGAAUAUGAUGCGAGAGUUAAGGCUAUGGAGGUAGAUGAGAGACCUACUGAACAAUACUCUGAUAUUGGAGGGCUAGACAAACAAAUUCAGGAACUGAUUGAAGCAGUAGUAUUGCCUAUGACACACAAGGAGAAGUUUGUUAACCUUGGUAUUCAUCCACCAAAGGGAGUACUGUUGUAUGGACCUCCAGGUACUGGCAAGACCCUUUUAGCCAGGGCCUGUGCGGCUCAAACCAAAUCUACUUUCCUGAAGCUUGCAGGACCUCAGCUUGUUCAGAUGUUUAUAGGUGAUGGUGCAAAAUUGGUACGUGAUGCCUUUGCUCUGGCCAAAGAAAAAGCACCUGCGAUAAUCUUCAUUGAUGAACUUGAUGCCAUUGGUACCAAGCGUUUCGACUCUGAGAAGGCUGGUGAUCGUGAAGUACAACGUACCAUGUUGGAGCUGCUUAACCAGCUUGAUGGAUUUAGUUCUACUGCUGAUAUUAAGGUAAUCGCAGCUACAAACAGAGUAGACAUUUUGGAUCCUGCUCUGCUGAGAUCUGGUCGUCUGGAUAGGAAGAUUGAAUUCCCUCACCCCAAUGAAGAAGCCAGAGCAAGAAUUAUGCAAAUUCACUCAAGAAAAAUGAAUGUAUCACCAGAUGUCAAUUUUGAGGAACUCUCCCGUUCUACUGAUGAUUUCAAUGGAGCACAAUGUAAGGCAGUAUGUGUUGAAGCUGGUAUGAUUGCGCUUCGGCGUUCUGCUACCGCCGUUACUCAUGAAGACUUCAUGGACGCCAUAUUAGAAGUGCAAGCCAAGAAAAAGGCCAACCUUAGCUACUAUGCCUAAUGUUACACCUGCUUUAUAUAUAAGUUUUUAAUAAUAAACAUAUAUUAUAACAAU